AGUUGAACGCCGUCGCUCGUGUAGUCAACACAUAAAUUUAUGUCGAUUAUUUUGUGUUCAUGGGAAUGUUUGGCUUUUGUUUUGCCGUCGCUACCGUUUAGUCGUUUACAGUGAAGUGUCGGCAUUUUAGAACGUGAACGUGAAGUCAACGCCGACUUCGAAGCGGUAAAUAAUAAUACCACCAACAGCGAAAUUGUACGAGUGAACAGCGGCAGCGCGGUUAGUGUUAACAGACGCAGCACCAGUACAAAUAAUUUAAGUUCUGUUUAUUCUGCAUUUCGCUGCUUAUACUCUCGUAGAAGUUUAAAGUUUGUUGUAUUAAAGAAUUUUAAAAGAGUGGUUUAGUGAUGCUGUAAGUAGCUAUGGAGUGAUGUGAAGUGAAAUGAAUAAAUAGUAAAUGUGAAACUGAAUUUACUAAGAAUUUGAAAGCAGAAAUUAAAAAAAAAAUAAGUUGACAAAAAGUCACAAGGUGGAUUUAAAACGUUUACAUAGAUAUACAGCUACAUAAAAAGGCACAUAUGUACAUACGCAUGUACAUAUACAUUUGUAUGUGAAUGUAGGUGUGUUAUGAAAAAUUAUAAUUCGCCGAAACUCUUUCAUAUGGAAAGUGAUGUCAGUGUGUAGAAGAAGUGAAUACAAGUAAACGCGCAACAAAUCAGGUUUUUUAAAGUGGAAGCUGAACUGUGACGCAGCGUCGCGUCAGCGAAUGACCACAGAAACAGCAGACAAAGCGCAACAGAAAUUCUCUGCGAGAAAUCUGAAGACGAAGAAUAAGAAAUAAUGAAAGAAUAAAAUUAUGUUUACGUGUAUUACAUCUGAUAUUUUCUAUGGGGCCUUGUGUAUUGAUUCGUUGACAAGCAAUGAAACUUUAUGCUCAAACUAGCACUUAGUCCAUAGUUACAGAGAAUAAGCUUAAAAACUUUUUGCGUUUCGGGAUAAACUAAAAUUUCCAUAUGAACUCGUUUUAUAACAUUUAAAACAGCCUAAGUAUAUAUAAGCCAAUAAAUCAAGCACCAACACAAUGCCCAGACAUAAAUUGUUGCACACACACUAUCAGCUGUUUGCCUUUGCGCUUAUCAGCAUUCUACCGUUAAUCAGCUCUGAAACUAAUCGCCCGCCUGUCUUCACCCAAGUACUUAACAAUAUUGUAUUGGAGGAGAAUGCAGCUGUUGGUACAGUCGUCGCUCAGUUACAGGGUUACGAUCCGGAAGGUAGUAAUGUCACUUUUGGUGCCAUCGGUUCAGAACACUUUGAAGUGGACCCCAUCACGGGCGUUAUAAAAUUAAUUAAGCCAUUAGAUCGCGAAGAGAAAGACAGUUUGUUGUUUUAUGUCACGAUACGUGAUCGUGUCAGUCCCGAUGGCGAAUCCGAACAAGAUAAUAUUGUACAAGUGCCAAUCACCAUUAUUGUAUUAGAUGAAAACGAUAAUCCACCAGAAUUUCAGAACACACCAUAUGAGACAGAUGUGAACGAGAACGCCGCCAUCGGCACAACCAUCUUCAAUCAAAUACUCGUAACAGACCGCGAUACCAUCGGUGAGAGUCUCGACCUUAAAUGUCUGCCGCAAGAGCAGAGUCCAGAGGCGUGCAACAAAUUCCGUUUGGAGCCAUUAUCGCGUGAGCCAACCGUAUUAAAGGCAGCCGUUGUGCUGAAUGACACGCUGAAUUAUAAUCAACGCAUGAUUUAUCACUUUCAAAUUGAAGCGACGGAUGGCGUACAUAAAUCACAAACGAAUUUCGAAGUACGCGUCAAGGAUGUACAGGAUAAGCCGCCUGUAUUUCAGGGCUCCUUGUCGGCGGUCAUCGAUGAGGAUAGUCCCAUUGGUACGUUGGUGCUGAAGGUGCAGGCACGCGAUGGCGACACAGGCGAACCGAGGAAAAUCGUUUACGAUUUGUUAACGAAUCCCAUGGACUAUUUCUUACUGAAUGAAAAAAGUGGGGAAUUACGUACCGCCAAACCUUUAGAUCGCGAAGCUCUUCCCGAUAGCACCGGCUUGAUAACACUCACCGUUAGGGCUCGUGAACUUGUGAAUGGCACCGCCAGCAGUGACUCACUUACGAGCACCACCGCUCAGGCCACCAUAACCAUACGUGAUGUAAACGAUUCUCCGCCCAGCUUCAAUAAGAAAGAAUAUGAAGUUUCACUCCAAGAGAAUACAGCACCCGGUACGCCACUCCCACUUGACAUGAAUGUGACAGAUCACGAUGUUGGCAUUAAUUCGAAAUUCUCGUUACGCUUGGAUGAUGUAUCCGGGGUAUUUGAGGUGGAACCCAAGUAUGUAAAUGGUUUCUCACAAGUCAACAUACGCGUCGGCAAUGGCACACUGGACUAUGAAAAUCCCAAUCAGCGUAAAUUUAUUGUGCUCGUCAUUGCCGAGGAGACGGAUACGAAACCGAAAUUAUCCUCAACAGCUACCAUUACAAUAACUGUGUUGGAUGCCAACGAUAAUAAGCCAAUGUUCGAGCAUGAAUCAUAUUCGGCAAGUAUAUCGGAAGCGGCUGCGCCCGGUCAAUAUGUCACUACCAUCACAGCGAAAGAUGUGGAUUCAGGUCAAUAUGGUGAUGCGGGAAUACAUUAUAGUCUGUCGGGUACCGGUGCUGAACUCUUUCACGUUAAUGAACAAACUGGUGUAAUAACAUUAGCCGAUUGCCCGGCAACGUUGGCUAACGGCGCAGAUGGACCUGUUGGUCGGCAGCGUCGUCAGUUGCACGCGCAAACCGAUUCGACAGAUUACGCAUCACUCCCGCUCGCCAAUAUGGAUAACUACAGCCAUCUGCAGUUUACCGCCACAUCAUCGGCGGAGGAGGAGGAUAAUGAACAGCCCAGUGCUGCACUUUUUAAUGCGCUAGAUAUCAAUACAGAACCAACGGUAGAGUAUAAAGUCGUUACACAAUCGGAAGCACGCAGCAACAUUAACGAUGUCAUUAGCGAAACAGCAGCUACAGCGCCAUCAGCAGUAUUACCCACCCAUUUGCCGACAAUGUUGGAAACUAGCGCAACAGAAACGUCCCGCCUCGCAACGCCAACAACCAAAGCGGAGAUGGUCCGACGAACUGAGGUGCCGCGUACGUGCCUCGACUAUGAAACGGAGACCACGUACUUUCUGUCAUACAAAGCAACCGACGACGGCGGUCAAGGCCAAACAUCGGUGGUGCCGCUGCGUAUUUCAGUGACCGAUGCCAACGAUUCACCGCCCGUGUGUGAGAGUCCAUUGUACCGCGCCGCUGUUGAUGAAGGCGCACACGUGUUCGAUUCACCGUUAGUGGUGAAGGCGCGCGAUGCUGACACCAUUUCGGACAUAACCUAUCGUAUUAUCGGUGAUGAGCAAAUCACAAGUGUUUUCGCCAUCGAUCGGCGUACCGGCCAGAUAACGAUACGUCCGAAUGCAACACUGGAUGUGACUUAUCUGAAGCGCGACUAUUUGGUUUUCGCCGUCGAAGCGAAUGAUGGUGCUUUCACUACAAAUUGUGGUGUGAAUAUAACGGUACGGGAUGUGAAUAAUCAUGCGCCACGCUUCCUCGCUGAGGAAUAUUCGGCAGUGGUGGAGGAGAACUCCGAAAUCGGCACCAGCGUAGAGAAGCUGCAAGCUGAAGAUUUAGAUUCAGGCAUAAAUGCAGAGAUCAGAUACCGCAUCGAGCAUGGCAGCUUCAAUGAUUUCCGCAUUGACGAGCGUACUGGCGAUGUUUUUGUUUCGCGCAAACUGGAUUAUGACCGUCGCAAUACCUAUCACAUCGAAGUACUCGCAACCGAUUUGGGUACACCAAGUCUUUCGGGCACAACUACACUGACGGUAAACAUAAACAACAGCAACGAUAAAGAUCCGUACUUCACGCCGGCAACGCAGCAUGCAACGAUUCCCGAGGAUGCGCCAGUUGGCACUUUGGUUCACACUCUCAUCGCACUCGAUCCUGAUGUGCCCACUUACAGCGCUCUCGAAUUUGCUGGCACCGAUGUUGUCGCCAUCGAUAAGGACGGCAAAGAGGUGCCAAAUAGUGAACAGUUCAAAGAAUACUUUACCAUAAAUCGCAAGGGGCAGGUGAUCGUAAAUAAGGCGCUGGAUCGUGACCUCUUUGCGGUCAUAAGAAUUAGCGUACUUGUUACGGACAGCACAGCGCCCACUGUGCAACAGGGACGUGGUUUGCUUAAUAUACAAAUCAUUGAUGUCAACAAAACACCGCCGAAAUUCAAUCCGCCAUGGACCGCCGAAACUCCUGUAAUUAAGCUACAAAUGAUCGAGGAACAGCCAAUCGGCUCAGUGUUGACCACACUACAGGCGUAUGACGAUGACUCAACCAUUGGUGAAUACAACAUAUCACCAAAUGCAUACUUCACCAUUAACAAGGCGACAGGUGUGAUCACGUCAACAGCGCGCAUUGACUAUGAAACACUGAAAGAGGUAAAAUUCAUUGCCACAGUGAGCGAUACCGGUGUGCCGUCACUCACAUCGACCGCUGAAGUCACCGUGGACAUAAUCAAUUUGAACGAUAAUGAGCCACACUUUAGCCAAUCGGAGUAUCACUUCAAUGUGACGGAAAAUUCACCGCGCGGCACAGUCGCCGGCAAAGUAGAGGCAUUCGAUGCUGAUAUUGGCACCUUCGGCGAGAUUACUUAUACGCUAAUUGGCGAGUAUAAUAAAUAUUUUAGCAUUGAUGCCUACACCGGCAGCAUAAUGGUGGCCGAUGCCACGAUACUCGAUCGUGAGAAGAUUAGCGAGAUCACUUUGACGGCGUUGGCACAGGACAAAGCGCCGACUACGGUGCAAAAAUCAGCAACAGCAGCGAUUCAUAUCAAUGUGCUGGAUGUUAAUGAUAAUGCACCAAUUUUCACGCAAACUCAAUACACCACAACGCUGGCAGAGAAUGCCGCCGUUAGUCCGCCGGCUGCAUUAUUGCAAGUGAAGGCACUCGAUGCUGAUGAGGGUAUAUUUGGUGAUGUGCGCUAUUUCAUUGCCGAUGGCAAUGAGCAAGGACUCUUCCGGCUGGAUGCGCAAACCGGCAUUAUUUAUCCAGCGCAAAGUUUGAGCGGCAAGAAGGGUGUGUAUGCAUUAGAAAUUGUCGCACGCGAUACACAAGGUUCGGGUACGAUGGAGAGUCGUACGAGAGUGCUGAUCACAGUUAUGGGUGUGAAUCAUUAUCGGCCAGUAUUCGUGAUACCAGCACUAUCGAAUGCCACCAUCGAGAUACCGGGUGAUAUUGUGCAACAAGAUUAUCUCCUGAUUACCGUUAAGGCAACCGACAAUGAUACCGAUGAGAAUGGCGUGCUCUCCUAUCAUCUACAAGUGAACAACGAAAAUGUGCAGGAGAACGAUGAAUUUCGUAUCGAUUCAACAACCGGUGAAUUGCGCACCAAGCGCGAGUUGAAUCGCAAAGAGCGCGCAAACUAUGACAUCAUUUUAGUGGCUCGCGAUGCUGGCAAUCCAACACCAUUUGAAACAUUACGCUUCCUUAGCAUUAGCAUUGUUGACGCUAAUGAAAAUCGCCCUGAAUUUUCGGAUGCUGGAAAUCCUUAUAAAAUCUCGAUCAAAGAGAAUAGUGGUCGAGAUGUUAAGAUCGGACGCAUACAAGCUACAGCGCGUAGUAAACACAAUAGGGAUGUCUAUUAUUAUUUGUUGUUGGGCAAUGAGGACAAUGCUUUUGUGGUGGACAAAGCAACUGGCGAUAUUUACACGAACAAGAGUUUGGACAGAGAGGAUACCGAUUUCUACACACUUUACAUUCUUGCAAGCAUCAAAUCGGAUUUACAUAUAUCUGAAGAAGAGCGCGCUUCGUUUUCAAUAAAAAGCCUUGAACGUGACAAUACUGUGGCGAAAGUGUGGAUAACGGUACUCGAUGAAAAUGACAACCCACCACUAUUCGAAAGAGAGGUCUACUAUGCCGGCGUAAAUGCGAAGGCGGCCGUUAACACUGUCAUAACCGUUGUAAAUGCUACCGAUGCCGAUGAAGGCAAAAAUGCCAAAAUCGAGUAUAUGAUUGUUGCUUCAAAUCUUUAUAAAUUUGGCGCCAGCAAGGCAACAGGUUCUAUAGUGCCUAGUCCGUUUUCAAUUUCCGUCGAUGGCCGCAUCACUACCGCUGCUUUCAUGGCUGAAUACAAUCAAGAUCGUUUUGAACUGGAAGUGAUUGCGAAAGAAUUGGAGCAACCGCAGCAAUCGACACGUACCAAAGUCUAUGUAUGGGUAUUUGACUCCACGCAAUUAGUGCGCGUAAUACUCUCACGUCCCCCCGAGGAGGUGCAUCAAGAACAGGAGGAAAUAAUCGCUGAAUUGCGCAAUGCAACGCAACAUCGCAUCAUUGUCGAUGAGAUACGCUAUCACGUGGAUGCCAUGGGCCGCAUACGCAUGGAUUGGUGUGAUUUAUUUUUCCAUGCUGUCGAGCCGCAUACGCAACAAAUCGCCGCUGUCGAUGAGAUAUUAAAAGUUAUCGAUGCGAAUUAUGAUUAUCUGCGGGACUAUUAUGCCGGUUUUGCUAUUGAAAAUGUUGUGCCUGCCUAUAUCACUAUUGUACAGGAUGAAUUUGAUUUGGCUGUAGCUGGUUUGGUGGCUUUGGUCAUUGUGCUCUUUGUGGGCGUCAUCAGUUUUAUUGUGCUGUGCUGUUGUCUCAAGCAUUGGAACCUCUCCGUGCCCGUAGAAAACCGCCGUAAAGAGGCUUUAAUUAAGAAACAAAUAAUAGAGGACUUGAAUACCACAGAGAAUCCAUUGUGGAUAGAACAAAAACUCAAACUUUACGAGGAGCAAGAGUUGACAAUGCAGGUCUUCUCUGAGCCCGAUCAUAUUUCGAACUCGGAUUCACCGGCUCAACUGGAGCACCAUGUGCCACAUCAUAAUGUUGUUGACAACACCUAUGCAACUAUACAGCCACGUAACGGUAAUCAUAGCAAUCACGGCUUGAAUAGUACAGCUGUGCGCAAUGCUGAAAAUACGGUUGGUGUUAAUAUGAGUAAUAGCAAUGCGCUGGGACGUGUUCACGAUGCACAUAUAAAUGAAUUUGCUGAUUAUGCGACAUUGCGUAACAAUCGAGCGCCAUCGAUGUACGAAUUCACUGGGUCCACCUUCCAAGCGCCCAUACGUGAGGGUGACGAUGCUGUGGCCGAGCUAAUUUAAAAUUCAACCCAUGCCAUGUGUAGAAGGACUGUGUAUAUGUAGAUCGUGUAAACGCUGGCAUUUACAAUUAAAAUAACUAUUUUUAAUUUAUUUUGUAAAAUACAAAUUGGCACGCAAUAUUACUACCGAACAACUUGACUAGUUUUGAGCAAGAUAUUGCAGUUUCAAGCAAAAUAAAAAUAGAAAAAUAAUUAUAGAAAGUAGAGCUACUAACUGACUAAAACAAAAACACAGGUGAUGGUUCCGGGUACGUCAAGUAUGUGGUAGUCUGGUAGUUAUGUGAGAAAGUUCGAAAAAGUAGAUGAUAACUAGUAGUUAUUUACACACACUUUAAUUAAUAACAUCAAAUUUAAUUUAAAAACAAGCAGACAACAAGUAUGUAUUAUAUAUAUAUGUAUGUAUGUAAGUAAGCUAAGAAAUACUCAAGUCAGCUCAGUUGAUUAUAAAUACAACAUGUCUACAGUUUGAGCAAAUAUUUAUUAGCUAAGCCAAGAAAUUCAAAUAUGCUAAACGAACAAAGGAUAUACAUAAUUAGUUAAAAUAAUAAUUAUUAUUGUAAUGCUACAAAAGUAUAUAGAAAUGAGACAAUAAGCGAAAGUUAGAUAUUGCAACGAAAGAACUAAACUAAACAAUUACAGUUAAUAGACACCACAGAAUUUUAUUUUGCUUUCUUUUAUUUUAUUUUUUUUUUAUAUUUACAUUUUUUUUUUAACUUUUUUACAUUAAUUUUAAUAAAUUUUUUAUAAUUUAUUUAUAUUUUUGCUUAUUUAAUUUCUUUUUAAUUUGUCCUAAUUUUUUCCUUGUUUUAAUUUUUUCUUUAUAAAUUUUGUAUGUAUAUAUUUUUUGUUUAUUAAGUAACAAAUAAUGAAUUAAAAUUUUUGGUUGUUUAGUGUGUUCUCAAUAAAAUGUAUGCUGUAACUAGUUAAAAUAAUAAUAUGUUUUAGUUAAGUAAAUAAAUUACUUUUGUUCUAAGUAAACAAUAUGAUUAAUGCUAAAAAAUAUAUUACACUAUGUAAAAAAUAAGCAAACGAAAAACACAAUAAUAUAACAUUAAUGCUAUUAAAGUCGAUUACUCAUAUUCAAACUUUCAACACAAGAUAAACAUUGAGUUCAAUAUCAAUUUUAUUUUUAAUUUUUGUGACAAAAUAUUUUUUCAGCUUUUUUUUUAUAUAAAUACAAAUUUAUUUACUACAAAUGCAAAAAAAAACUAACUAAAUUACAAUAAAAAAAUGUUAAUUAAUUUUUAUAAACAAAAAAUAAUCAGUUUUUUCUUAAAUUUAAAUAAAUAACAUAAUAUACUAUUAUUCCAAAUCGUAGAUAUUAUGUUUGAGUAAAAAUAAUAUUUUAAAUGGUUUCACAAAAUUGUUUAUGAUUUCAAAAUGUAUUUAAUUCUGUAGCAUCACAUGGUAAACCUGUAAAUUUCAUAUCAAGCAGAAGAAAACUACUAAUUUUAAAACGUCUUUAAUUUUUUAGUUAAUUUUUAUAUUGAAUUGAAGGCUUAAAACUUUUAUUUAAUAGCUUUGAAGCGAUUAUUUUGAUGUAUUAUUAUUGCCUUUUCAAAAUAAGUACAUGUAGUGUAAAGCUCAAAUUUGGCUAUUUCUCACAGCUUCAAUUUAUUUAACUUAUGAAAACUAAUUUUCAUUCAAAAUUUUCUUAACAAUUUUUCCGUUUUUUUGUGUUUAUUUAGUUUAGCAUAUUUUUAAUUUAUAUGUGUGCCGUUCUUGCUCAAUGUAAUUUCACUUCAAGAGUAUUGUCAUACACACAAACGUACGUAAGAAACAAAAAUAUAUAGAUAUACAUAUGCAUUAUAUACUUAGUAUAUCUAGGCUUUAGCAUACUAACAUAAAUAGAUUAUUGUAUUUGUAUUAAAAAAAGUAUAUAUGCAUGUAUACAAGAAAUAAAAGAAAUAAAUAUUAUAAUCGUACAACUCUGUAUGUAUGUAAUUUAAAGACUUAAAAAAAUUAUAAAAUAUUAAAUUUGCGUGAAAUUAUUAAAUGUAAAAUAUCCAUUUAUAUGUCAGUUGCUGCGAUAAAAAUGAAAAUAAAUCAAAUGUAUUUAUUUAAAGAAA